GCGCCGCCGCCAUCUUAGUUGCUGCCUCUGCCUCCAGCGAAGCGCUGCCUGCGCCGAGGGGAGGGCGCCCGCGGCCCGAGCGCGCGGCCCAGCGUCACGGCGGCGGCGCCUCCUCGGACCCCGGUGCUCGCCGCAGCGCCAAGCAGCCGGCCUCGGGCCACGAGAGCCCCGCUCGGCGCCCCGCGCGCGUCCCUGCCGCUCCCGCCUCGGGCGGGCCGCGGCGCCGGGAGCCGGAGCGAUGCUGCGCCGCCCUGCUCCCGCGCUGGCCCCGGCCGCCUGGCUGCUGCUGGCCGGGCUGCUGUGCGGCGGCGGGGUCUGGGCCGCGCGAGUCAACAAGCACAAGCCGUGGCUGGAGCCCACGUAUCACGGCUUAGUUACGGAGAGUGACAGCACCGUGCUCCUCGACCCGCCACUGAUCGCCCUGGACAAAGAUGCACCUCUGCGCUUUGCAGAGAGUUUUGAGGUGACAGUCACCAAAGAAGGUGAGAUUUGUGGAUUUAAAAUUCAUGGGCAGAAUGUCCCCUUUGAUGCAGUAGUGGUGGAUAAAUCCACUGGCGAGGGAAUCAUUCGCUCAAAAGAGAAACUGGACUGUGAACUCCAGAAGGACUACACAUUCACCAUCCAGGCCUACGACUGCGGGAAGGGGCCUGACGGGGCCAACGUGAAAAAGUCUCAUAAAGCCACUGUCCAUAUUCAGGUGAACGACGUGAACGAGUAUGCCCCUGUAUUCAAGGAGAAGUCCUACAAAGCCACGGUGGUAGAGGGGAAGCAGUACGACAGCAUCCUGAGGGUGGAGGCAGUGGACGCAGACUGCUCCCCCCAGUUCAGCCAGAUUUGCAGCUAUGAGAUUGUCACCCCGGAUGUGCCAUUUGCUGUCGACAAAGAUGGUUAUAUAAAAAACACAGAGAAGCUGAACUCCAGGAAAGAGCAACAGUACAAGCUGACAGUCACGGCCUACGACUGCGGGAAGAAGAGGGCAACAGAGGAUGCUUUGGUGAAGAUCAGCAUCAAGCCCACCUGCACCCCUGGGUGGCAAGGAUGGAACAAGAGGGUCGAGUACGAGCCUGGCACUGGUGCUUUGGCGCUUUUCCCAAACGUCCACCUGGAGACAUGUGGUGAAUCGGUGGCCUCAGUGCAGGUGACGGUGGAGCUGGAGACCAGCCACAUAGGGAAGGGCUGUGACCGCGACACCUACUCUGAGAAGUCUCUCCACCGGCUCUGUGGCGCUGCGUCUGGCACAGCUGAGCUGCUCCCUUCCCCGGGCGGCUCCUUGAACUGGACCAUCGGCCUCCCCACUGACAAUGGCCACGACAGCGACCAGGUCUUCGAGUUCAAUGGCACUCAAGGGGUGAGGGUCCCAGAUGGCGUCGUUUCCGUCAACCCCAAGGAGCCUUUUACGAUCUCUGUGUGGAUGAGGCACGGGCCGUUUGGCAGGAAGAAGGAGACGGUCCUUUGCAGCUCAGACAAAACAGAUAUGAACCGACACCAUUAUUCACUCUAUGUCCACGGCUGCUGGCUUAUUUUCCUCCUCCGUCAGGAUCCUUCAGAAGAGAAGAAAUACAAACCUGCAGAAUUCCACUGGAAGUUGAAUCAGGUCUGUGACGAGGAAUGGCAUCACUAUGUCCUCAACGUGGAAAUCCCAAACGUGACUCUUUAUGUGGACGGCGUCUCUCAUAAGCCCUUCUCUGUGACUGAAGACUACCCGCUUCACGCGUCCAAGAUCGAAACCCAGCUCAUGGUUGGAGCUUGCUGGCAAGAGUAUUCAGGAGUUGAAAAUGACAAUGAAACUGAGCCUGUGCCUGUGGCCUCUGCAGGUGGUGACCUGCACAUGACUCAGUUUUUCCGAGGUAAUCUGGCUGGCCUGACGAUCCGUUCCGGGAAGCUCACAGAUAAAAAAGUGAUUGACUGUCUGUAUACCUGUAAAGAGGGGCUAGACCUGCACAUCCCCGAAGGCAGCGGCAGCGGUGUCAAGAUCCAAGCCAACCCCAGUCAGUCAGUGUUGACCUUGGAGGGAGAGGAUGUAGCGGAGUUGGAUAAGGCCAUGCAGCACAUUUCCUACCUGAAUUCACGACAGUUCCCCACACCCGGGAUCCGAAGACUCAAAAUCACCAGCGUGGUCAAGUGUUUCAACGAGGCCGCCUGCCUCUCAGUCCCCGCGUUGGAUGGCUACGUGAUGGUUCUGCAGCCGGAAGAGCCCAAGAUCAGUCUGAGUGGCAUCCACCACUUCGCUCGAGCGGCUUCCGAAUUUGAAAGCGCGGAGGGGGUUUUCCUUUUCCCCGAGCUUCGGAUCAUCAGCACCAUCACGAGAGAGGUGGAGCCCGAAGGAGAAGGGGACGAGGACCCCACAGUUCAAGAGUCACUGGUGUCAGAGGAGAUUGUCCACGACCUAGACACCUGCGAGGUCACGGUGGAGGGAGAGGAACUGAACCGAGAGCAGGAGAGCCUAGAAGUGGACACGGCCCGCCUGCAGCAGAAGGGCAUCGAAGUGAGCAGCUCUGACCUGGGUGUGGUCUUCACAGGUGUCGACACCAUGGCUAGCUACGAGGAGGUCUUGCACCUCCUGCGCUACCGGAACUGGCACACCAGGUCCUUGCUUGACCGGAAGUUCAAGCUCGUCUGCUCCGAGCUGAAUGGUCGCUACGUCAGCAACGAGUUCCAGGUGGAGGUGAACGUCAUCCACACGGCCAACCCCGUGGAGCACGCCAGCCACAUGGCCGCGCAGCCGCAGUUCGUCCACCCCGAGCACCGCUCCUUCAUUGACCUCUCAGGUCACAACCUGGCCAACCCCCACCCGUUCGCAGUCGUCCCCAGCACCGCAACCGUCGUCAUCGUGGUGUGCGUCAGCUUCCUGGUUUUCAUGAUCAUCCUGGGAGUGUUCCGGAUCCGGGCUGCUCACCAGAGGACCAUGCGGGACCAGGACAGCGGCAAAGAGAACGAGAUGGAUUGGGACGACUCUGCCCUGACCAUCACCGUGAACCCCAUGGAGACAUACGAGGACCAGCACAGCAGCGAGGAGGAGGAGGAGGAGGAGGAGGAGGAGGAGGAGAGCGACGCCGGGGACGAGGAGGAUGACAUCACCAGCGCCGAGUCGGAGAGCAGCGAGGAGGAGGGGGUGGAGCCCGGUGACCGGCAGACUGCGAGCCGGCAGCAGCAGCUGGAGUGGGACGACUCCACCCUCAGCUACUGAGCCGCGGCCGUGCCCGCCCGCCGUCGCCUUCUUUCCUGCUUCAGGAGGCUUUGCUGUCAUCCCUGUGCCCACCCCAAGGGUCCACGAUGUACAGAGUCAUCCUGGCCAGUAGGUCUGCAGAGCCUCCCCGUCGCCGAUCUCCGCCCACGCUUGGUGUAUAGGGCCAUAGGCUCCCCCUUGCUCCCUCCCUUCGUCCGCCCUGCUCGCUCUUAAGUUAUGUGAGGAGCUGACGCUCGCUCUGUGGCUGAUGUCAACUCCAGAAAAGCUGCAGUGACUGGACUCCUUGACAAAGGGUUAGAGUUGCUCACUCCUACCUGGUAGUCCUCUUCUUUUUUUUUUUUUAAAAGAAAAGUUUUUAUUUUUUCCAAACUAGUGCAUGUAUAAAAUGGCAGAAUGGGGUUAAUAUGUAGAUGAUGAACUGACUUUUUAAUAUUUUGUAAAUAAAUUGGGAUUCCUCGUGUCUUUUGUGCUAGCAUAAUCCGGGGCUGGAUGCAAAGUGGAGCGGAGACACUGAGCGUGGGAGGGCAGGGACCGGAGACCCUGCCCAUCCCACCCCGCCCCCCACCCCACCCCAAGAUGAGGAGAAAGGAGCACAGACAUUGAUCUGCUGCCCGGCAGGAGGGGACCGGAUGAGGGACCCCUCUUUGGAGGCUGGAAACGGCCAGGUCUUUUCUUUGGGAUUCUACCCAUUGAGGGCUGCGGGGAGCUGGGGUCCCUGGCCAUGUUUGCUCCCUUCUCCAAGGACUGGCAUUUCCUCAUGCAGGAACCUGGACUCAGGUGCAGCCUUGGGGUCCAUACUGAAUAGAUGCAGGUUUCCUUGCCGGUGAGAGUAUGUUUCGAUCAUGUGGAUGGUGCAGACCCUCUGACCACUUGGUCUGGAGACAGCAACAGGCCUGGGGGAUCCGUACUCAGAACCUGGCGGAAAUGACGCCCAAUGGCCUGAAGGCAGUGCUCGAUUCCCCGAGCACCUGCGCCCCUCCUCCCCAGAGCCCCCGGGGGGUGAAACCAUGCCCAGUAGGUGGUGAAAGGAGAGAACCGCAGUCAGGAGCAAAAACCCCUACAGCACGUGGUUUUUAAUUUACGUGUAAAUUUUUAGAUUUCUAAAACGGGGGGAAAAUAAUUUUGAACACUGUUCUGUGAUCAUAACUGCUAGUUUCGAGGACACUGCCAGCUGUCCUGUGUCGUGUGUGGCCACCCCUCCAUGUACUGUCACCGUCGCUGCUCUGUUUAGACCGUGGAUAGACGCUAAUGCGUAGACGGGACCCUCCGCGCUGUCUGUAGCCGCCGUGGUAUCACUUUUCAGAUGUGUAUAUUGAUGAUAGGUCAGAAAGCGUAUACAUACAAUAAAGUCUGUUCUAACUCCAGUGGGA